CUCCUCCUUCCUUGGUUAUAAAACGUUUAUAAAUGUCGAUGAUUGACUGAAAAUUGUUAUGUAGUAGAUGGUUACUGUAAACAUCAAGUGUUUUCAAGGAUGACUUUCAUUUUCAGUUUAGUAAUUUUCAGCUUGGUGAGUCUACAAUAUUCCAAUUCGGAAAUAAUGUCCAACUCAUCGUCACCAAACCUCGUCAUGUCUGAACUAAGUGGUCCCAGCAAUGAUUUCGGACUUCGUUUCUUGGAACAAAUCAACUCGAAUGGCAGUCCAAAGAAUGUACUAUUCUCGCCGCUAAGUGCUAUUAUUGCCUAUGGAAUGCUUUUGGAAGGUGCUACUGGUGAAACUGAACAGCAAAUUAAGACUGUUCUCCAAUUAUCCUCCAUUGGUAAUCAAACAUCUGAUAUUUCUAAAGCAAGCAAAAAACUGCUUGAGGCUUACAAAUUGGUUGAAGAUGGCACAAGUGAUCGUAACUUUUCUUUGGCUAUGGGCAAUCUGGCUAUGGUCAACAAAAACGCUAAACUCAAGGAAGCAUUUGCCCAGAGUUUAAUGACCAAUUAUUUCGCUCAAGCAACCAAUGAAGAUUUCUCCAAUGGAACCGCUGUUAUGGACAAGCUCAAUUCAUGGAUCUCUGAGAAAACCAAGAAUAAAAUCAACAAAAUACUAACAAAUCCACCAGAUGAAGCAACCAUUUUGAUUCUUGUUAACACCUUAUAUUUCAAAGGACGAUGGGAAGAACCUUUCCCCAAAGGACUCACAAUCGAUGAUACAUUUACCAAUGGUGACGGUACUUUAAGUAAGGUCAAAAUGAUGACUUUACGAGACAAAAGAUUCAAUUUCGUACAUAAUUCAGACAAGAAAGUCAAGGUUGUUGAGCUUCCGUACAUUGGAAAUAUAAGCAUGAUCUUCAUUAUGCCAACUGAGUCCAACACCCUUGCCAACUUGGUACCAACAUUGAACGCAACUGAACUGGACAACCUUUUGAGCUCAAUGAGUCAAACGAAACUGCGUGCUUUAAGUAUUCCCAAGUUUAAACUAGAGGACACUCACAAGUUGCAUGAAAUUUUACCACGCAUGGGAAUGGACCUUCCAUUUGGUGAUCUUGCUCAACUUCCCAACAUUGCUGAAAAAUCUGAAUUAAAAGUAUCCCAAUCGAUUCAGAAGGCUCUCCUAGAACUUGAUGAGGAAGGUUCAGUUGCUGCAGCGGCAACCCUGAUUGUUACCGUUCUUCGAAUGAGCUACUUCCCAGCAGAAGAUUUUGUCGCUGAUCGACCAUUCUUGUUUAUGAUUCGAGACAGGCUGACCGGAGUUAACCUAUUUAUGGGUCAAAUGAAUAAAAUGGCCAACCUGGAAACAUCAACACCUUCACCAUCAGCUUCACCAUCAGCUUCACCAUCAGCUUCACCAUCAGCUGCAUCAUCCAGUCCAACAACAGCCACUCCUGAAUCUGUUGUCAACAUAACUAUCCCAACAAAUGAAACCACUCAUUAAUUUAUCUACAGAUUGAUACCAAUCCAAUCGAUUUAGCACAAACCAUGACAAACUUAACUUUGCUUUGUCCUCUCAUUUCUCCCCUUUCCUUUUCCCUUUCUCUUCCCUUUCUAUUCAAUAAUCUGGCAAUAACUUCUCAUUUAUUCUUAAUAUUAACUUCAUGAUUGUUUUUUUGAUAUCACUAUUAUAUAAGAAAAUCUUCAGACGAUCUUUUCUGUCUCGCUUCCUUCCUACUUUAUCUUCAUGGAAAAAAAGCUUUAUUUGAACAAAUUGAGCGCACAAUCAACAUUUAAACAAUCACUUGUUUUUAUAAACACUGUUAUGAUCGUCAAAUGAAACUCUCAAGUCCUUAUAUUUUACUCUACUUUCCAACAAGUGUCAUUGGAUCUAGAUAAAAAUUGUUUCCCAAACCUGUCAAAACACCUAUUUACCUUAUUGAUUACAAAUACUUGGUAACCAUUGAUUGACCUUAAUAUUAAGAUUAUUGUUGACUGGUGAUUAAAAAGCUUUCAUAAUUCCGA